AUGAAUCGCAAUCUGGACAUUGGUGUCGCGGGUCUGGGCCGCAUGGGUAAACGUCACGUACACACCCUGUUGUAUCGUACCCCACGGGCUAAGGUGGUGGCAGUAGAAAACAAAGAGUACAGGGAAUUUCGCAUUGCUGUCUACAGCAGCUACGAGGAAAUGCUAGCACACCCUGGCCUCAAUGCUGUCUGGAUCUCAACCAGCACCGAUGUUCACGCGAGCCAAUCUUUAGCAGCGAUCGGAAAGGGCCUCCAUGUUCUCUGUGAAAAGCCCUUGAGCACUGAUCUUGCGGAGGUUCAAUCCGUCAUUCACGCUGCAAGGGCUAACCCGUCCAUCAAGGUGAUGGCAGGAUUUUCACGGCGCUUUGACGCCUCAUACCGCGAUACAAGCGACAAAAUUUUCAACCAGAAUGCGAUCGGAAAGCCGUUCAUGGUCCGAUCGAAUACGUGCGACCUCCGGGACGAGUCGGGCUUCUUUGUGAAGUAUGCUGCUCGGAAUGGCGGGAUCUUCGUCGACUGCGCAAUUCACGAUAUCGACCUCUCGCUUUGGUUCCUGGACAACCCGGUUCCAAAGGCUUGCUGGGCAGCUGGAACACUCCAACAUCAUCCCGAACUACAACAGCUCUCCGACGUUGACAACGCUGUUGGUAUUGUCGAGUUCUGGGGAGGAAAGAUUGCUUACUUCUACUGCUCGCGGACCCAGGCCCAUGGCCAUGAUGUGUGCACAGAGGUCACGGGGACAGAAGGUAAGCUGAUGGUGAAUGUGUUGCCGCGGAAGAAUAAUGUCAUCCUGGCGGAUAAGCUUGGGAUGCGACAUGAGGUCCAGCCUGAGUACUGGGAGCGAUUCGAGGACGCGUUCGCGCGGGAGGCCAAUGAGUUCGUCGAUGCAGUGGUCAAUGAUAAGCCUGUUCCCAUCCCUCUGGAGACGGGGAUUAAAGUGAUGAAGAUCGGAUGGGCUUUGCAGCAAGCUUUACUGACGGGGAAAGUUUCUCUGUUCAGCGAGAGUGGAGAACUAUUGGAUGGAUAG